UGGUGGACGUCCGAUCUUGUUCCUGUUGCAGCGAUGACAAUACCUUAUUACCUUGCCCGGUCAGGUACAGAUGCUGUCAAUACCAGAUUGCAUGCACCUCAGGUUGAGGCCUUGUACCCCCAUCUGUACUUCACCACAACAACAGCAAGCCACGACACCAACAUCAACGCCAACAAAUGUCGAGAGCCAAGAGAAAGAAACAUGGAAACGAUAUGUGCCAGCAAAUCUGCCGUGGCUGCAUCCAGCACAUCCUCAUCAAUCCCACCGCCCAGGUACCUCCCUUCCCCAGGGCUGAUGCUGAUGGUUCUCUGGGCGCAUCGCAUCGCAUUGCAUCCGCGCCCAUCCCGCUCCAGUGACGGACGAGAACGGCCACCAACGGAAAGUCAACUAGGAACUUCCGUACUGAUCCUUUACCCAAACUUUGCCAAUUUGCCCUCUGAUGGCAUGGAGACCAAAAGGGAGACAAAAAAGCAAACUAAGGCCGCCAGCCAGAACGGCCAUUUCCGGACCCCCGGGCUCGCUCACGGCCGUUGUCUCUUUCUUUCCACGUUCCUGUCCAUCACUUUUCACUUCCCGGCUGUCCAAUUGCUUCUCGGCCGGCAAGCUGCUGCUUGGGGGGGCCCAAUCCACUGGCCCGGUUCGAGAUCCCCGGUCUCAGAAAUUCCAUCAACUAUCACCAUCUGGCAUCAAAUCGUUUCUUUUCCGUCACUUUGGAAGAGUUUUUCCUUCUUCUCCUUGCACUGCUUGCUGGGGGUCCUGGAAGUCUUGGGCUUCCUUCUCAUUUCCGGCCCUGUUCCCUGUCGGCCUGUUGGGCUCGGUGUCUAUUACCGCGACGGUUCGACCCCAGCUUUUUCGUCCACCCUUCCCGCUUGCCCAGCCUCUCCCGUCAUGACCCUAGGCAUCUCAUCUUAAAAAACAUGGGAAAUUUCCCACGAGGCGUACGGAUACAGCUGCAAGCCUGCAAAUCCCAAGUGCCCGGAGUCAGGUUGGAAGCCAGGGCCAUGUUGACGAGGUUGACGAGGUUGACGAGGUUGGCCGGCUGGCCAGGGCAGGGCGAGGCGAGGCGAAAUGGAAAGAAGACAUGGAUCCUUCGUCAUUUGCGGCGCUUCUUCUUUCAUCCGCCAGGAGUCGGGGUUCAAUUUCCAGAAACACACGGAGGCGCUUCCGUAC